GUCCUGGCUGUAGGGAGAGGCAACGCUGAGCCCCUCAGCUCCGGAUCAUGAGCUGGCUUUGCCACUGGGAAUGCCAGGGCUGAGGGCUCCAACCUCCAGGGAAGAAAGAUGCUCCAGACUAGCAAUUACAGCCUGGUGCUGUUCCUGCAGUUCCUCCUGCUUUUCUACGACCUCUUUGUCAACUCCUUCUCAGAGCUGCUCCGCACAGCCCCUGCUGUCCAGCUCGUCCUCUUCAUCAUCCAGGACAUUGCUAUUCUCUUCAACGUCAUCAUCAUCUUCCUCAUGUUCUUCAACACCUUCGUCUUCCAGGCCGGGCUAGUCACUCUUCUCUUCCACAAGUUCAAAGGGACCAUCCUGCUGUCGGCGGCCUACCUGGCACUCAGCAUCUCCUUCCACAUCUGGAUUAUGAACCUGCGGUGGCGGAAUCCCAGCCGCUUUGUGUGGACCGAAGGCCUGCAGACCCUUUUUGUUUUCCAGCGGUUGGUGGCCGUGCUCUACUGUUACUUCUACAAGAGGACGGCGGUGCAUCUGGGCGACCCCCUUUUCUACCAGGACUCACUCUGGCUGCGCAAGGAGUUUGCACAAUUCCACAGCUGA